AGGAUUUCAUCAUUCUUUUCUAUAACGGCGCUCGGUCCAUGCUUCUCCGUAGCGCAGCAUCAGCACUGCUGAGGACCACCACUGAGAUUUCCUCCCUCUGCCUGCUGUCCACGGUCCACUUCGGUCGCCAGUCGCACCGCUGCCCGCUAACCUACAGGCCGUUUUUUACGUCGGUCUGCCUGCAAAGAAAGAGAAAGAAAAGCCUGUGGCUGCAGCUGGCGGAAGAAGGACAAACCAUGGACGGCAACGUAGAAGAGAUUCUCGCCCCUCUGAGACUGGCAGUCAAAGAGCAGGGAGAUCUGGUCCGUCAGAUGAAGCUGGAUGGUGCUCCUGAUGUGGAUGUCACUAAGGCUGUGGCUGAGCUGAAAGCCAAGAAGAGGACUCUGGAGGCCAAGGAACUGGCGCUGCAACCCAAAGAUGAUAUUGUCGACAGAACCAAGAUGGAGGAUACGCUGAAGAGGCGAUUUUUCUAUGACCAGGCCUUUGCCAUCUAUGGAGGUGUGAGUGGCCUGUAUGACUUCGGCCCUGUGGGCUGUGCCCUCAAGAACAAUAUCCUCCAGGCCUGGAGGCAGCACUUCAUCCAGGAGGAGCAGAUCCUGGAGAUUGACUGCACCAUGCUGACUCCUGAGCCUGUCCUUAAGACAUCAGGACACGUGGACAAAUUUGCUGACUACAUGGUAAAAGAUGUUAAGAACGGUGAAUGCUUCAGGGCGGACCACUUGCUCAAGGCCCAUCUUCAGAAGCUGAUGUCUGACAAAAAAUGUACAGCUGAGAAGAAGGCUGAAAUGGAGAAUGUCAUCACUCAGAUGGACAACUACACUCAGCAAGAACUGACUGAUCUCUUUGUAAAGUACAACGUCAAAUCCCCUACUACAGGAAAUGACCUCACACCUCCUAUUUCAUUCAACCUGAUGUUUCAGACAUCAAUUGGACCAGGAGGAAAUAUGCCAGGCUAUCUGAGGCCUGAAACAGCUCAGGGAAUAUUCCUCAACUUUAAGCGACUCUUGGAGUUCAACCAGGGAAAACUGCCCUUUGCUGCUGCUCAGAUAGGAAACUCUUUCAGGAAUGAAAUCUCUCCUCGCUCUGGACUCAUCCGUGUCAGAGAGUUCACCAUGGCUGAGAUUGAGCACUUUGUGGACCCAAAUGAGAAGGUCCACCAAAAAUUCUCCAAUGUUGCUGACCUUGACAUCAUGUUAUACUCCUCCAAGGCCCAGACCAGUGGACAGUCUGCACAUAUUAUGAGGCUGGGUGAUGCUGUGGAACAGGGGGUGAUAAAUAACUCUGUCCUGGGAUAUUUCAUCGGGCGGAUCUACCUCUACCUUACUAAAGUUGGUAUAGCCAAAGACAAGCUGCGUUUCCGACAGCACAUGGACAACGAAAUGGCUCACUACGCAUGUGACUGCUGGGACGCUGAAGCCAAAACCUCAUAUGGCUGGAUUGAGAUUGUAGGAUGUGCAGACCGGUCCUGCUAUGAUCUACAAUGUCACGCAAGAGCCACCAAGGUCCCUCUGGUUGCAGAGAAGCCUCUUAAAGAACCCAAAGUUGUAAACGUCAUCCAGUUUGAGGCCAAUAAAGGAGCUAUAGGUAAAGCAUACAAGAAGGAUGCCAAGUUAGUAAUGGAGUAUUUGUCUGUGUGUGACGAGUGCUACAUCACAGAACAGGAGCAGCUGCUGAAUGAGGCCGGAGAGUUCACUGUUGAGACGGACGGCAAGACAUUUAAGCUCACCAAGGACAUGGUCAGCGUGAAGCGAUUCCAGAAAACGCUGCAUGUGGAGGAAAUCGUCCCAAAUGUAAUCGAGCCUUCCUUCGGCAUCGGAAGAAUCAUGUACACCAUCUUUGAGCACACAUUCCACAUCAGGAAAGGUGACGAACAAAGAACGUAUUUUAGCUUCCCAGCUCCUGUAGCCCCAUACAAAUGUUCCGUCCUGCCUUUGAGUCAGAAUCAGGAAUUCAUGCCUUUUGUAAAGGAAUUAUCUGAGGCCAUGACCAGGAACGGUGUCUCUCAUAAAGUGGACGACUCUUCAGGUUCCAUUGGACGACGAUACGCCAGGACUGAUGAGAUCGGAGUGGCAUUUGGCAUCACCAUCGACUUCGACACAGUGAACAAAACGCCUCACACAGCUACUCUGAGAGACCGAGACUCGAUGAAACAGAUCAGGGCCGAGGUCAGUGAGUUGCCUGUGAUUGUCCGGGAUUUGGCCAACGGUACGCUGACCUGGUCAGAAGUGGAGAACAAGUACCCCGUCUUUGAAGGACAAGAAACAAGCAAGAAGGACACGGUUGAAGAAUAAAGCUGCUCGUCUGCCUCUCACUCCA